AUGACAAAGAGAUCGUUAGACAAAGAGACUAAACCUUCCAAAAGACAACAAUCAACUACUCCUGCUCCAUCUAGUUUUGAAACUCCAGAAUCUUGUUUUCAACCUAAAUUAUGGACUAAUAAAUUUCAACAAGAUUUAUCACUUGAAAUAAAACAAAGUAAACCUUAUCAAUGGGGUACUAUAAAAGAACUUAUGAAUGAUGAUCUUUUACGUCAAGUACGUAAAGAGAUUCUUUCUCAAAUUCAUUUCACUGAAAAAGAAACUGAUAUUUAUAAAGUCUUUCAAUCAGGUGAUUUAGCUAAUUUAUCAGGUUUAGAUUGGGAUGAUUUAAGUAGAUUACCUUAUUUAUUCCAAUUAAGAAAUGCAAUUUAUUCUCAAGAAUUUCGUGAUGUCAUAUCAACUGUUACUGGUUGUGGUAAACUUAGUGGAUCAAAAACUGAUAUGUCAAUUAAUACUUAUACAAAAGGUUGUCAUUUAUUAACUCAUGAUGAUGUAAUUGGAUCUCGUAGAGUUAGUUUUAUCUUAUAUUUACCCGAUCCUGAUAGAAUUUGGAAAGAACAAUAUGGUGGUGGUUUAAGAUUAUAUCCAAGUAUUGUCCCAAAUGUACCUCAUACUGAUCAUCAUGCAAAAUUAGUACCUCAAUUUAAUCAAAUUGCGUUUUUUAACGUUCAACCAGGUUUAUCAUUUCAUGAUGUAGAAGAAGUAAGAGAAGAUAAGCAAAGAUUAUCUAUUCAAGGUUGGUUUCAUAUUCCUCAAAAAGGUGAAGAUGGUUAUAUUGAAGGUGAACAACAAGAAACUGAAGCAAAAUCAACAUUACAACAAUUACAAUCAAAGCAAUUGCAAGAAUUUGAUUUCCCAAAACCAAUUAGAUUACAAUUCCCUCAAGAAGAAAUCAAAUCUUUGACAACCCCUUCAACAACCUUAUUUCAACAAGAUAUUGAAUAUCUUUCUAAAUAUAUCAAUGUUAAAUAUCUUUCAACUCCAAAUUUAUUUCAAUUAAGAAGAUUGUUUUUAAACGAAUCAAUUAUAGAACUUUCAGAUUUCUUACAACCUAAAUAUUCGGAUGUUCUUUCAACCAUUAUUCGUGAUUUUGAAUUAAAUUCACCAUCACCUACAAAAUCAACCGAUAUUGCCCACCCUUGGAAAUGUGCAAUCCCACCUCAUAAACAUAGAUUUAUGUAUAUUGAUGGAACUAGUUCUUUCCCCAUCACUCAAUCGGCUAUUGAAUUUCGUAAUAACAUUGGUCCACAAGAAUAUCCAAACUUCUCCCAAGUUCCAACUUCAAAUGAAGUUGAUGCUAAACUUGUUGAAAUUGCUAAUUUAUUCAAAUCAAUGAGUUUUAAAAAAUGGUUGAAAACUUUAACUUCAUUUGUCACAACUUCAGAUCAAAUCCUUAUUCGUCGUUUUAGACCCGGGAUCGAUUUUACUUUGGGAACUACUAUACCUAAUGAUGUUACACUUACACCAAAAGAUGAGAAUGUAUUAUUGGAAGCAACCCUUAAUAUAACUCCAUCGGCUGCCAAUCCUAAAAAUUGGAAAGAUGUAGGAGGAUAUGAACUUUGUGUGGAAACUACUACUACUACAAAGGAUGAGGAUGAAGAAGAGGACGCCCCAGAGAAAGCGGAAAAAGAAGUCGAAGAGGAGGAGGAUGAUGAUGACGAUCCAGCGAUUUAUAAGGCAGGAAGUGCCGAUAGCUUGUUAUAUGGUGGUCCCUGUAGAUUUAAUGUAUUGACAUUGAUGCUUAGAGAUAGUUCUGUUUUGAAAUUCAUAAAGUAUGUGAGUAUCAAUGCGAAAGGAUCAAGAUGGGAUUUAUCAUGUCAAUGGAAUGUUAGGGAAGAGAAUGAGAAUGAUGAAAAGGUUCUGAAAGAUAAUGAUAAUGAUGGAAAUGAUAAAAAUGAUGAAGAGAAAAAUGGUGAAGAAGAGGAUUAA